GUCGCCACAAAGCGAUUCCCUGUGCUCCGUGUGUUCCGCGCGAUUAUCAAGCUACCGAGUGCCGCUCGGUUCGUCCUCGCGUCCCGCCGACGCGUUAUCGCGACACGUGCUUCCGGCCGAUUCGUAGAAAACCACGGACCGUUCGUUUAACAACAGUUUUCCGUAUCGAGGAAAGAGAACGGACCUCAUCUGCGCGCGCUAAUUGCGGAUUUAUUGCUCCGCCAGAUAAGCGAGGAUCAGGGUUGUUUAAAAGUGAGGGAGAGUGUGGCGUGUUCUGGUGUUGUUGGUUUUAGGGGAGGAAGUUCAUCGAGAUUGUGCUUUUUUUAUUAUUUCGUCGAAGUUGGAGAUCAAGGUGGUGGGAAAGUUUGUUUGGAAAACUGUGAGGGGUGUCUCUUAAGAACCGCGCGCAGCGUGCGGCCAGCUCUCGCGAGACUAGCGCGUCACUGAUCGGCCUCUUGAUCCAAUCGGUCGCGCGGCUCUUCUCGCCGAGCGGACUUUCACUCAGCGUCCGUUGAUCAGCGGCGCCCGAACGAGCAGGCAAAGCGGAAGGCAGAAGAGACGCAAGACAGGAGAUAGGCCGCGAUCCGCGCGAAGUGAAGGAAGGAGCGAGUCAACGACGACGAAGACAACGACGACGACGAGCGCGACGAGGAGUGGCCGAGAAGAAGAAGAGCAAAUUGGUGCUCCCGGUAGCAGGGGCCCAUGAACACCAUGGAGGAGAAGCUGCGUAGCGUGACGAAACGCGCCAGCAGACACGGUCCGCGUGGAACGGGGCCAGUUGCCUCCGAUUGGUCGACCAGCUCUGGGUCCGCUGGUGGAGCCAGGGGCCCGGCCCCAGCUACUCCUUCCACCUCUCAGGCUGGCGGUUCUACGUUCAACCGGCCCCAGGAGACGACGGGUCCGACUAGGCGGCAGUCCUCGCGCGACAGCAUCGACUCGACCUGCCAACAGGCCCCACCCGAACACGGCGAGCUCCUUUUCAAGGUGAUGCUACUUGGUGACAGUGGUGUCGGGAAAACCUGCCUCCUAACACGAUUUAGAGACGGCAGAUUCCUGUCUGGCAACUAUAUAACCACCGUGGGCAUUGAUUUUAGGAAUAAAGUAGUCGUCGUCGACGAUACGUCUAUCAAACUUCAAAUAUGGGACACGGCCGGGCAAGAAAGAUUUCGAAGCGUGACGCAUGCUUAUUACAGAGACGCUCAUGCUCUUUUAUUGCUGUACGACGUGACGAAUAAGACGAGUUACGACAACAUCAGAGCCUGGCUGAGCGAAAUCCGGGAACACGCGAACGAGGACGUGGUCAUCAUGUUGUUGGGCAACAAGUCUGACUGUGGAACGGAACGAGUAGUGAAGAGGGAAGACGGAGAACGAUUGGCACAAGAGUACAAAGUUCCCUUUAUGGAAACCUCAGCUAAAACUGGCCUGAACGUCGAAUUGGCCUUCUUGGCCGUUGCUAGAGACCUAAAGGCGAGGAAGAGCAACGACCCGGACGACACGAAAUUCAAUGUACAAGACUAUGUUCGUCAGCAGUCGCAACGUAAUUCCUGCUUCAAUUCCAAUUGCCUGACUACCUGAAUUGCGCAGUAAUUCUGCGCACACACUUCCCUGCGAUAGAUUCAGACGAAUGGUGGAACAUGGACCGGAACUGGUUGGCCAUAAAAAUGGCGCGAAACUAUCGUGGGCGUUCAACAAUUCGUCCCUUAUGAUUCAUAACUGAUAAUCAUUGAAACGUUACCUCGUUGCAGAUGUUAUUCGUAAAAUGAGACGAAUUUUCGUAACUUUGCACAAUUCGUUCACGGGAGCUUGUUGUUCGAAUGAAUUGACUCUCAAACGAGAUCGAACAAAAUUGAAAGAAAUCGAAAGAAAACGCACUAAUGAGAUCGAAAAUAUAAUUUUUUAUUUUUACUGAAAAGAGAUUUCAAAAAAUGUCGAAACAAUGUUUCUGUUCCACCAGAAGAGUACCUUUAUCGAGGCAUAAACGAAAAAAAUGUAGAUGGAUAGAAAGCUGAUAUUUUUCAAAGAGACCGAAUAGGAAACUCUUGUUGACGAUACGUGUAUAGAAAUUUAUUUAUCGAUGGUUAAUCCUAUACUGUACAUUAAUGUGAAUAGCUGAUUCGGGACAAAGGUCCGCGAAAUACAUAGAUUUAGGGAAUCUCUUGAUGGUUCUAAUUUGUGCACUGUAUAUGAUCGUUACGGUAUUAAUAAAAAGAGGGGGAAGGAGGAGAAAAAAAUAUUUAAAAUGAAAUUGUAUUCAAAACGUGGUAUCGAUAAAUUAACGAGAUGUUCACGUGGAAGCUCACCAUGUACCAAGUAGAUUUGCGGUUUUAGAGUGGCCGUCGUGUAGAAGAGCUUUUCGAAAAUAUACCAUAGCUGCCAUAUAUACAACACGUUUUAGAAAAGAACGCUCAAUAAUAUUUUGUUCGAAAGCGUAUUCUCGUAGUUUUCAAGUACGAGUGAUUGAAGCUUUUCAAUCGAUGCUACAUGUAUAUGUAGAAACAUAUUCAUAAGUCUUUUAAUCUUUAUAAUCAUUUAGAUUGAUGAAACUCUUUAGAAAGUUUUGCAUAAUUGUAUUUUGUUUUGAAACUUUAUCCUGUAUCGAUUCGUUUUGCAAUUAAAUAAAGCUCGUGUGUGUAUAA